GCGCGGCGCGGGGACGGCGACGGCGGGCCCAGCGCGCUUGGCCGGCCCAGAGCGCUUUCCGGCCCUGCGUUGCCCCGCCGGCCCGGCCCCGCCCCGCCCGGGCAGCAUGGGGGACAACACCAGCCCCAUCAGCGUGAUUCUGGUGAGCUCGGGCAGCAGGGGCAAUAAGCUGCUGUUCAGGUACCCCUUCCAGAGAAGCCGGGAGCACCCCGCGGCGCAGACAAAUAAGCCACGUAGCAGAUAUGCUGUUAACAACGCGGGUGACCAUGCUGAUGACCAGGAUGGUGACUCCAGCGAACCAUGUCCUCCAACCGAUGAGCAGUUGGUUGCAGGGUUUUCAGAUGUUAUUUUGGCAACAAUUUUGGCAACCAAGUCUGAAAUGUGCGGCCAAAAAUUUGAACUGAAGAUAGAUAAUGUGCGGUUUGUUGGGCACCCGACACUGCUGCAGCAUGCUCUGGGGCAGGUCUCCAAAACAGAUCCGUCCCCGAAGAGGGAAGCGCCUACCAUGAUUCUUUUUAAUGUGGUCUUCGCCCUGAGGGCCAACGCUGACCCUUCGGUGAUCAACUGUCUGCAUACCCUGUCCCGGCGCAUUGCCACGGUGCUGCAGCACGAGGAGCGCCGCUGCCAGUACCUCACUCGGGAGGCCAAGCUGAUCCUGGCGCUGCAGGACGAGGUGUCCGCCGUGGCUGACGAGGAGCUGCCUGGGCUUAACAUCGGGCAGGAGAGCCCCAGGGCACUGGAAGACUCCUCAAAGGUCUUGUUCAUAAGUCCACUUUCCCGAAUGGAUGUGCCCAAACUGACUUCCCAGCUGGAAGGAUUCCCUUCCUCCGUGUGCUGCCGUAGAAUCACCCUCAGGUGCUUCCUGUCCAGCCCGUGCACGGUUCCUUGCUGUGGAAGCUCUGAAAUCUUCUGUGUUGUGAUCAUUGCAGCAGAUGAGGGUCCGCAGUCCCCGUUCCAUCACAUCCUGCCCAAGUGCAAGCUGGCCAGGGACCUCAAGGAGGCGUACGACAGCCUGUGCACAUCUGGUGUGGUGCGACUCCACAUCAACAGCUGGCUGGAAGUGAGCUUCUGCCUACCGCACAAGAUCCACUAUGCUGCCUCCAGUCUGAUCCCCCCUGAGGCCAUUGAGCGGAGCCUGAAAGCCAUCCGCCCCUACCAUGCCUUGCUGCUGCUCAGUGAUGAGAAGUCCCUGUUGGGUGAGCUCCCCGUCGACUGUUCCCCAGCUCUGGUGCGGGUGAUCAAGACCACGUCUGCUGUGAAGAACCUGCAGCAGCUAGCCCAGGAUGCUGACCUGGCUUUGCUGCAGGUGUUCCAGCUGGCGGCUCACCUGGUGUACUGGGGCAAGGCGGUCAUCAUCUACCCUCUGUGUGAGAACAAUGUCUACGUGCUGUCUCCCAAUGCCAGCGUGUGUCUGUACUCCCCACUGGCUGAGCAGUUCUCCCGCCAGUUCCCAUCCUACGACCUGCCAUCCAUCCUUGCCAAGUUCUCCUUGCCCGUUUCCUUGUCGGAGUUCAGGAACCCACUGGCGCCCCCUGCGCAGGAGACCCAGCUCAUCCAGAUGGUGGUGUGGAUGCUGCAGCACCGGCUCCUCAUCCAGUUGCACACCUAUGUCUGCCUGAUGGCCUCCCCCAGUGAGGAGGAGCCCCGCCUGCGGGAGGAGGACGUCCCCUUCACUGCCCGGGUUGGCGGCCGCAGCCUCAGCACACCCAACGCCUUAAGCUUUGGCUCUCCAACCAGCAGUGAUGACAUGACCCUCACCAGCCCCAGCAUGGACAACUCCAGUGCAGAACUGCUCCCCAGUGGGGAUUCACCACUGAACAAGCGGAUGACAGAGAGCCUGUUGGCCAGCCUCUCAGAGCAUGAGCGGGCAGCCAUCCUCAGUGUACCUGCUGCCCAGAACCCCGAGGAUCUGCGCAUGUUUGCCAGGCUUCUUCACUACUUCCGUGGCCACCACCACCUGGAGGAGAUCAUGUACAACGAGAACACUCGGCGCUCCCAGCUGCUCAUGCUCUUCGACAAGUUCCGCAGUGUGCUGGUGGUGACCACCCACGAGGACCCUGUCAUUGCUGUCUUCCAGGCACUGCUCACGUGAGCCAGGAAACCAAUGGGGCGAGAGGGUAGGCACUGUGGGUGGCCAGCCCUGGCCUGACUGAAGGUCUGCAGAGCCCUUGACCUUGCUACAGGCACCUUGCUCCCAUCCAGCAGCAGCUGUGAGGCCACCACACUCUGUGCUCUUAACUUGCACCUGGUCCUUGCAACAGCCUUAGCAUCACAAGGCUGAAGGGGGCUGUCUAGACUUGUGCUGGUGAGGACCAUGUCCUUGCAUGUGUGGCUCCCUCACUCAGCACCACCUCUGCUCUCCAUGCACUGUAUCCCUCCCAGACUGCUAUGGUCCUCUCCUGGCCCCAGCCUCACCACAGCACAUAGGCCACCCUUGUGGUGGGUGGCAGCUAAACUUCCUGCCAGGACCCUGCCCCAGAAUGUGCAUGUAUUUUGUGGUUCUCCCUGUUGAUCCUAACCCUAGAAGAAGGACUGGCUUUAGGCAUAUGCUGAUCAGCCAGGAGCUCUGCAAAGACAAACAGCAAAGUAAAAGCAUUUAUUUGGUUUUUAAACAAUUAAAAUGCCUGUCUGAAUGGGCUUUUUGCUCAGG